AUGAUGGGUGGACGCAGAGGAGGAUUCGGUGGAAUGAUUAGUGGACGCAGAGGAGGAUUUGGUGAAAGAAUGGGUGGACACAGAAGAAGGUUCGGUGGAAGGAUGGGUGGACGCAGACGGUUUGGAGGAGGGAUGGGUGGACACAGAGGAGGAUUCGGCGGUAGACGUGGAGGAUCCUUCAGUGGACGUCGGUUCAGAUUCUAA